UCGGGGUGCCCGACGACCUCGUCCGCCAGCGGCCGCGGGUCUGGCGUCACGUGACGCGGCGCCGGCGGUGGUUAAAACUGCGGCGACGCCGCGGGCGCGCCGCCCCUCAGCCCUGCGGCGGCCGCCGGCACACCCGUCCUCCCAGCACGGCGACACGGCUCGACAAGAUGGCCACCGACAGCGCACACCAGAUCAAGGAAGAGGGGGUCGACUGGCCCCGCUACCGCCUGCUGCCCUCCUGCCGUCUGCUAGUGACGCUCAUGUGCCUGGUGGGCGGCACAGUGGCCAUGCUAGGCCGAGUGCAGACCAGCUUCGCCGUGCUGUGCAUGGUGCGGGACGUGCCAGACGACCCAGCCGCGAGCAACGCCACCGCCUCGGCAACCGCCACGCCGGUCCAGGGAGAGUUCGAGUGGAGCAAGCAGUUCCAGGGCCUGGUGCUGUCCGCCUACUUCUAUGGCUACGUGGCGGCGCUGGUUGUCGGCGGCUGGGUGGCUGAUAGGUACCCCAGCCACCGGGUAGCGAUAUGCAGCGCUCUCUCUCAGGCCGUUCUGCUGGCGAUGAUCCCGGAGUUCACACGUCUGCAGCCCAUCAGCAUCGUCAUACUCCGCGUGAUGCAAGGGAUGGCUGCGUCGGUGUACUACCCGAGCUUCAACGUGAUUCUGCGCAACUGGUCGACGGCCGGCGAGUUUUCGCUGCUGUUCUCCAUCGCCUGGAGCGGGGGCUACCUGGGCAGCGCCGCCGCGUUUCCCGCGAGCAGCGUGUUCUGCCAGUCCGGCUGGCUCGGAGGGUGGCCGGCCAUCUUCUACGUCAGCGCGGCUGCCUUGGCUGCAUGGGCGCUGGUUGCCUGUUUCGUGCUGACCGAGUCGCCGGAGCACCACCGGUUCGUGAGCGAGGCGGAGAGGAAGUGCCUGACGUUGCAGCCUCACGUGCAGACUUCGGCUUCGGCACCGGCAAAGCGGGUCUCCAUCUGCACGAUCAUGGGCAGUCUUCAGGUGUGGAUCAUCGCACUCAGUUACUUCGUCACCAGCUGGUUCUUUGCGGCUCUUAACAUCACGCUGCCGAUCUUCAUGAAAGAGGGCUUCAAUUUUGACAUCAGAGAGAACGGGUUCGUGUCAGCCCUGCCGAGCCUUUGCAUGGGUUUUAUGAUCAUUGUCGGAGGAAAAGCGCACGCGUAUCUUCAUGUCAACAAGGGCGUGAGCUCUACGAACUCACGCAAAAUAAUAUCGGUGAUCGGGCUGCUCGUGCCCGCUGCCUGCAUGAUCGCCGUCAUCUCACUGCCAGCCAGCCAACGAUACCUCAGCGUCGUCCUCAUAUCUCUGGCUCAAGGAUUCUCCAGCAUCGUUAUCAGCUCCGGUCCGGUGUCGGCGGCUUCCGAAAUCGCUCCGCAGUACAUCGGCUUCAUCUGGGGCAUCGCCUCCUCCUUCGGUAACACCACCGGCUUCCUGGCGCCUCUGAUCGCGGCCGCCAUGACGCCGAAUGGCACUCUACAAGAGUGGUGCUGGUUCUUCGUCAUCGCCAUCGUCCAGAUGGUCCUGCUCAGCGUCGUCAUCGCCUGUCUGUGGAAGUCGGAGAUACAGCCGUUUGCACAACAGGACGACCUAAAGAACCGCGUGAAAAGUCUGCGCCACGCCAAUACGGUCGUGGCUUUCGAAGAGGUCGCAUAGCGACGAAUGACGCGUCGCGGUUGGACAAAAAUUGCUGUUAUAUUGCAAUCUGAAUAUAUUGUGAAAGAUGUCUUCGGCAUUGGUGUCAGUGACUAAUUCACGUAGCAGUACGCUGCUGCUGCUGAAUGGUGAAUGGUGAACCCACUGUGUUGCUGUAGUUCCCCUUUCGGCGGCAUGGUGUGUUCCAUAUGAGACAAGACGGGUACCUAAAAUAUUGUCAUCAUUUGUAACACUAGCAACAUAUCAAUGCUAGCUAAA